GUGGCACCAUUGCGGAUCCAACAUUUACUCGUUACUUAAGAGCAAACAUCGUCGCCUUCACAGAAACUCGCAUCCAAAUCUAAAAGCCUCCUCUCGAGUUCGAUCCGAUCGCAUCCUCCCCUCCGAUUCCGGUUGUUCGUCACUCAUCACGGUUCUGUGAUGAUGGGGGAGAGGCGGAUUCGUCUGCUGGCGGCGGCUCAGGCGUUGACGGUGUUGCUGAUCAGCUUCCAGAUCUGCGCCUCUGAUGUGAUCUUUUACGAUUCGUUCGAUGAGUCUUUUGAGGGACGAUGGGUCGUGUCAGAGAAGGAAGAUUACCAAGGUGUGUGGAAGCACUCCAAAAGUGAGGGACAUGAUGAUUAUGGCCUUCUCGUCAGUGAGAAGGCAAGGAAGUAUGCGAUUGUGAAUGAGCUUGAUGAUGCCGUGAGUCUUAAGGACGGAACUGUAGUUCUACAGUAUGAAGUCCGACUCCAGAACGGGCUUGAAUGUGGCGGUUCAUACUUGAAGUACCUCCGUCCACAGGAUGCUGGGUGGAAAGUCAAGGAAUUUAAUAAUGAGUCUCCAUACACUAUAAUGUUUGGGCCGGAUAAAUGUGGUGCUACCAACAAGGUGCAUUUCAUUUUCAAGAACAAAAAUCCCAAAACUGGGGAGUACGUGGAACACCAUCUCAAGUACCCUCCAUCUGUGCCCAAUGACAAACUCUCUCAUGUCUACACUGCUGUAUUGAAGCCUGAUAAUGAGCUGAGGAUUUUGAUAGAUGGUGAGGAGAAGAAGAAGGCAAAUUUCCUCUCGGCUGAAGACUUCGAGCCGGCACUCAUCCCACCUAAGACAAUUCCCGACCCAGAUGAUAAGAAGCCAGAGGAUUGGGAUGAGCGAGCGAAGAUCCCAGAUCCUGAUUCGGUGAAGCCAGAUGAUUGGGAUGAGGAUGCCCCGAUGGAAAUUGUAGAUGAAGAGGCAGUGAAGCCCGAAGGUUGGUUGGAUGACGAGCCCGAGGAGAUUGAUGAUCCUGAAGCUACAAAGCCUGAGGAUUGGGAUGACGAGGAAGAUGGUGAGUUUGAGGCUCCUAAAAUUGACAACCCCAAGUGUGAGACAGCACCUGGUUGCGGUGAGUGGAAGAGGCCAAUGAAAAGGAACCCUGCAUAUAAAGGGAAGUGGCAUGCUCCUCUAAUUGAUAACCCGAACUACAAGGGCAUCUGGAAACCUCAAGAGAUCCCGAAUCCUGACUACUUCGAGCUCGAGAGACCCAACUUUGAGCCAAUAGCUGCAAUUGGUAUUGAGAUUUGGACAAUGCAAGAUGGAAUCUUGUUUGACAAUAUCUUGAUCUCAAGUGAUGAGAAGGUGGCAGAGUCAUACAGGGAAACAGCAUGGAAACCCAAGUUCGAAGUUGAAAAGGAGAAGCAAAAGGAAGAGGAUAAAGCUACUGGUUCCGAUGGACUCUCAGCCAUUCAGAAAAAGGUUUUUGAUGUCCUCUACAAGGUAGCAGAUGUUCCUUUCUUGGAGCCAUACAAACCUAAGAUCUUGGAACUCAUCGAGAAAGCUGAGGAACAGCCAAAUAUAGCAAUUGGUGUACUCGGGUCUAUUGUGGUUGUCAUCCUGACCGUUUUCUUCAAAAUUCUCUUUGGCGGCAAGAAACCGGCGGCCAAUGUAGUGGAGACACGGACUGAAGCGGCUGCUGAGACUUCCGACAACCAAGGUAGCCGAGGGGACAAGGAAGAUGAGGAUGAGAAGGAAGAUGAGGAUGCUACUGCUGCCGCUGCUGCAGCACCUCGUAAGAGGUCUAACAGAAGGGAAACAUAGAGUCAGCACGUCAAUGUGGUUCGAUGUCUGUCCUUCGUCUCUGAAAGGUUCCCACCGUUGUCAUUGAUUAUUCAGGUCUCUAGGUUUUCUGAGAUUGCUUAUCGAGCUCUUUUUCAGGCCUCUUUGGUUAUAGUUAUGUAGGAGUUUGAUAAAAUUUUGACGAGAAACAUUGAAAGUGUAACAUUUCAGAUUUAAUUUUCCUUCAUGUGGUUGUACUUUU